UUCCUACACUAUAUUUCAAAAUGGCGGCCCAAGAAGUGGCACCUAGACCGAAUGCAGAAAUAGUCAGGGGCCAAAUCUUCGAAGUUGGACCACGCUACUCAAACUUGCAAUAUAUCGGAGAAGGUGCUUAUGGAAUGGUUGUAUCUGCCCAGGAUAACAGUACAAGUGCAAAGACAAAAGUAGCUAUUAAGAAGAUCUCACCGUUUGAACACCAAACCUACUGCCAGAGAACACUAAGAGAGAUUAAAAUCCUCACAAGGUUUAAGCAUGAAAAUAUCAUUAAUAUAAGUGACAUCAUAAGAGCACCAACAAAAGAAGACAUGAAAGAUGUCUAUAUUGUGCAGUGUUUGAUGGAAACAGAUAUGUACAAAUUGUUAAAAACACAGAAACUAAGUAAUGAUCAUGUCUGUUACUUCCUGUACCAGAUCUUAAGGGGUCUCAAAUACAUUCAUUCAGCAAAUGUGUUGCACAGGGAUUUAAAACCAAGCAAUCUGCUGCUUAAUACUACUUGUGACUUAAAGAUCUGUGAUUUUGGUUUAGCUAGAGUUGCUGAUCCUGAGCACGAUCACACAGGUUUCCUCACAGAAUAUGUUGCCACACGCUGGUACAGAGCACCAGAAAUAAUGCUCAAUUCCAAGGGCUACACAAAAUCAAUUGAUGUUUGGUCAGUGGGAUGUAUUCUGGCUGAGAUGCUUUCCAACAGACCUAUCUUUCCAGGGAAGCACUAUCUGGAUCAGCUGAACCACAUUCUAGGUGUGUUGGGGUCACCAGGCCAGGAAGAUCUGAAUUGCAUUAUAAAUGACAAGGCUCGUGGUUACUUGCAGUCACUCCCCUUCAAGCCAAAAGUCCCAUGGAAUAAGAUGUAUGCCAAUGCUGAUGCCAAAGCAUUGGAUUUACUGGAGAAAAUGUUGACUUUUAACCCACACAAACGCAUCACAGUGGAAGAGGCAUUAGCCCAUCCCUACCUAGAACAGUACUAUGACCCUGCAGAUGAGCCUGUAGCUGAGGAACCUUUUACAUUCGAGAUGGAGCUGGAUGACUUGCCCAAAGAAAAGCUGAAGGAGCUGAUUUUCCAGGAAACAAUGGCACUGAAGGACCGUCAAGCCAGAGAGGCUGUUGCAGCUGGAGCCAUGCAGAUGAACGGUUGAUUAUAUAAAUGAAACAAACUUGGAAUUCCAUGAACACAGAAAGUUAGUGUGAAGAAGGAUGAGAAAAUAUUUAAGCUGGGUGCUGUCCUGGAAAAAGAAGAAAAACGUGACUGUUCAAAUAUACAAGCUUCGCAUAUUUUUACUUUGUACAGUAUAUGUCUAUGUUGUGCACAUUUAAAUGUAUUCCAGUCUCCUGUUAUAUAUUAUUAUUAUCCAAUUCCUAAAGUUGUGAAAAGGAGAUGUCAUUUUUUCCAGAGCCUUAUUUUCUGUACCUAAGGAAGCAUUUACCACUUAAAGAGUUUUAUAUAGCAUAUUGUAUAGGUUUGCACAAAUAAUGUAUCUACAUUUUCUUUCACGUUCAGCUCACUUUGUAACUAAAAACAUAAAUGUUCAUAGCAUUCAUAUAGACAAAACAGUGAAAAAAAAACUGAUUUGGACGUAUGAUGCUGUAGUUGCUUGUACAUGUAUUAACAUCAAAGUUUGGUCAGUGCCACUUCCGUCUCAAGCUCACUGAAAUGGAUAUAAAGCAAAUGUGCUAAAAUAUGUAUCCCCGUUUGCGUAAGAACCUUGUGCUUUAACAUGUCCAUGUUGACCUCUUGGUUCAACUUCUUUGACAACUACAUUGACUCUACAGCUGUACAUGCUUCAAUCUUUCAUGGAAACUAUGAAAUAUGUAUUCAGAGGGAUAUAGACCUGAGAUUGUGCUUGAUGCUUAGGCACUCCUGUUUUAUUAAUUGGGAGAUGUGUUUGAAGAUUGGUUAUGCUUUUUGUAAAAAUGUUCAGCUAAAAUGCACGGUUUAAAGAAGGAAGGUUUCUGAUUUUUCUCUCCUAUAUUCUGUUAAAUUUAUGCAUCAUGUCAUAAUACAAAUUAAGGACCUGCCACAGUGUUAGUAGAACUGGUAUAAGUACUUUGAUCAAGUAAGUCAAAAUUGGUCACAUUUACUUGUAACACUGCCAUUGGAUAUAUUACUAAGGUCAAGGAGUGAGGGGGGCUUAGAAGUGAAAGAAGCAAAAUAUUUUUAAUGUACAGACUCCGGUUGAAUGUAUAAUGUAUUUGAUGUGGACUAGGAUAGUGAAAUAAGCCAAACUUGCAUGCCAUGAUGUACAUUAUAUGCGUGCAGAGAGAAUUCUCGAUAUAUAUUACAGGCUAGUUUUCACUUUGUCCUACUCCUAAUGCAGACAAUAAUAUGCUUUAUAUCAUUGACUAUCCCACCUAGCUUUUCGUAUCGAUCUUGAUUUUGACCCAUACUCUUCAGGAGCCAUGAGUAUGGCAAACAUUUUUAUUGUAUCACUGUUUUAAUUUCCUUCCAAGCGGUCCUAUAUAGUCAUGAGGUUGCUUUACACAAAAUUUUAAAAAAUUGGCCCUUUAAGGGUUUUCUGGAGUGACAUUUUUUCAAUGAAUUAAUAGCGUUUUAACAGACUGCUUUAGGGGGAUGUCAAGUUCCUGUUUGGGCGUUGAAACUGGUUUAAUUCUAACCAGUUGAUUCAUAUUUAUGGUUUUUAAGACUAAAGUUAAGGCAGUCCAUGUUUGUCAAGAUCAAGAAGUCCAUUUCAAUUUUUUUGAUUAUUGGCUUUCUGAUGGUUACUACAGAAACUUAGAAAAAAAAUGCCAAAUUAUAUUAAACUCAAAGUGUGGAUGUCAGUUUUAAGGUUAAAAUCAGCACAAAAUCUGCACUUCAAAAUUAGUCUUAAAAACAUUCCACCCUGAAUAAAGUCGAAAACAGUCCCCCCCCCCUCCUUCCCAUCUUAGAUCUUCUUGUUUAGCAAGCUGUUAGGAUGUAGAUAGUUCUGCAAAGUCUUAAGAGAUUUUGUAUACUCAUUUGUAUAGCAGUGUGCAACUGAAUGGACUGAGUCCAGUGUAAGUGUGGCAUUUGUAGUUUUAUAUAUGGGAAGAGGUAUUUUACAUCUAAGUAGAUACAUCUAUGAUGACAAUAGAAAGUGUUGUUUUAUAUUAACAGCUGUCCUUUCUCUUAAUUUUCAGUCUCUUUUGGAAUUGUUUACUAUUUUAAAGUGUAAUAUUCCAAACUUUUUCUGAUAUUUGUCAUCUAGAUCAUGGUAAACCCAUGUUCAUGUUCACAUUUCUUGUAGAAAAUCAUGUAAUCAAAAAUUUUAAAAUUGAACUCAGUAAAAAUUGGAGCACGAUCCUUGAUAGAAAAGUCUAUUUUGUUACUGUCCUGUAGCUGGUCUAGUCUUGACAUUGUAAUUGCAAGUUGGGAGGCAUCAUAUUGUCAAUGUGAAGAAUAAAGUCUGACCAAAAAAUCA